AUGUCUUCGCCAUGGUAUGAGGAAAAGUCUAUCGCGUCAAGCGACGAAAUCAAGAGUAUCGACGACGCAGAGAAGGGUCUGUAUGAGAAGACGAACGGCGUGCCGGUCAGACCUACGAGCGCCCGCUCCGACAAGAAGAAGUCGCUGCACAUCGACACGAAUCAGUGGCCUCUCUCGCCCAUCCACGAGGGAAUAACGCCCUUCACCAGCGUGCCGGAAUUAUCGCUGUCAUGGCCGAGAGGAUUUAAAGCCCCGGAGGAGCCUGCGAAGAAGCCAGCCAGGCCGAAGCCAAAGAUCAGUCGAUGGAUCCGCUUCAAUCUUUGGUUCAACACGUACCGAAAAUUCUUCACUUUUGUCGUCUCGCUGAACUUAACUGGCAUCAUUUUGGCCUCUCUCGGCCGCUUCCCGUACGCCGAGGACCAUCUUGGCGCGUUGGUGCUUGGUAACUUGCUCUUCGCCAUCCUGAUGCGAAACGAACUAUUUUUGCGAAUUCUGUACAUCAUUGCCAUCUAUGGAUUGAGAAGCUGGGCUCCGUUGUUCCUCAAGCUCGCGGUCACUUCAGUCUUACAACAUGUCGGAGGCAUCCACUCGGGCUGCGCCCUCUCCGGCGCUGGCUGGCUGGUCUUCAAGAUUGUCGAUAUCGUUCGGCAUAUGUCUGUCCAGCAUAUCACUGUCGUCGUUGCUGGAAUCAUUACGAACGUUCUUGUGCUCAUUUCCAUUCUCAGUGCCUUCCCCUGGGUUCGAAACAACUACCACAACGUGUUUGAGGGCCACCAUCGAUUCAUUGGAUGGCUGGGUCUAGCAGCUACCUGGAUCUUUGUGAUCCUCGGAAACUUCUACGAUAUCAAACUCGGGCAGUGGAGAGCUGAUGCGAACUCGCUGCUCAGUGCCCAAGAAUUUUGGUUUGCUGUGUUCAUGACAGUAUUCGUCCUUAUCCCGUGGUGCACCCUUCGGAAGGUCCCCGUGGAAGUUGAAAUUCCAUCGCCCAAAGUCGCGAUUCUCCGCUUUGAACGAGGGAUGCAGCAAGGUCUCCUUGGAAGAAUCAGCCGCACCUCGGUCAUGGAGUACCACGCAUUUGGAACCAUCAGCGAAGGCCGUAAAUCCGGAUGCCAUUACAUGAUUUGCGGCGUACAGGGAGAUUUCACGAAGGCGCUGGUUGACGAUCCACCAAAAGCCGUUUGGACUCGGGAGCUGAAGUUUGCCGGUGUUGGACAUGCAUCCGCGAUGUUUAAGCGAGGAAUCCGCGUCUGUACCGGAACUGGUAUCGGGGCUGCCCUUUCUACUUGCAUCCAGAGUCCAAAUUGGUUCCUCAUUUGGAUUGGCUCCGAUCAGGAGAGGACUUUCGGACCGACUAUUUCGGGCUUAAUCCAUAAACACAUCGAGCCCGAGCGAAUGAUCCUCUGGGACUCGAAGAAACGAGGCGGACGGCCCGAUACUGUCAAACUCCUCGUCGAUACAUGGCACAGCUUCGGAGCGGAGGUUAUCUUCAUCACCUCAAACAUGCAGGGCAACGAUGAGAUGAUGCAAGGUUGCGCCGCAGCCGGCCUACAUGCAUUCGGCACGCUAUGGGACUUCUGA